AUGUACAUGCAGAUUCACCUUCUCAAAACAAAACCCAACCCAAGAAAGCAAGAGGAUGAUGGUAGGGAUGAUGGGGAUGGUGAGAAGGAUGAGGAGGAUGAGGAUGGUGAGGAUAGUGAGGAUAGUAAGAAUGAUGAGGAUAGUGAGGAGGAUGAGGAUGGUGAGGAUGGUGAGGAUGGUGAGGAUGGUGAGGAUGGUGAGGAUGGUGAGGAUGGUGAGGAUGGUGAGGAUGGUGAGGAUAGUAAGGAUAAUAAGAAUGAUAAGGAUGAUGAGGAUAGUAAGGAUAGUGAGAAUAGUGAGAAUAAUGAGAAUAAUGAGAAUAAUGAGAAUAAUGAGAAUAAUGAGAAUAAUGAGAAUAAUGAGAAUAAUGAGAAUAAUAGAAAUAAUAAGGAUAAUGAGAAUAAUGAGGUUGAUAGGGAUAAUGAUAUCAAAAGUGGAAAAGUAAGGUUUGAGUUUGUGAUGGGGGUAUGGGAAAGGGAGAGGGAGAGGGAGAUGAGUAUAUAG